AUGUCUUUUGCUAAAUCGUCACCCGAUUUACCAUUGCAACAGUUACGCAGCCGUUCAUUCGAGUUGCCAUCCAACGGUCCCAACAGUAGCCAUGAGGAGCGUCAAACCUAUCGAGCUCAUUUUUUGGAAGAUUCGAUGCCGCGAGCGCGGCGAUUAGAAUUUGAUGCCCCUGUUCCACCACGUCCUGCAUUGUCGUUGCGUGGAUAUUCCUUUAGUAAACCAUCAGCCGCUACCCGUCGAUCCAUCGCUCGUUCUGUCUCUUCGUUUUCUUUAUACAGCAACUUUGCCGGUGAACGCUUUGAUAUUCAUCAUCACGUUGCCUCACGGUCAAACGAGGCUUCUGAUAAUGAAAAACGUAAAGAAUCCGCCUUGUCAUCCAAAUCCAAAUUCUCCUUGGGCGAUAUGGAAGAGUCAAAAGAGGACCUAUCAGAUGACCAUCAACCGACAGCAUCCGUGGGCAAGGCGAUGUUUAUGUUUCUCAAGGCAUUUAUUGGAUCCGGCGUUCUUUUUCUACCAAAGGCUUUUCACAAUGGCGGUCUCGCUCUUUCGAUAUUUCUGAUGAUCCUCAUUGCCACCGUUUGCUUAUUCGCCUUUCUACGGCUGGUCAAAACACAGCUCCAAGUGGGAGGCUCCUAUGGUGAUAUGGGCGGUGUCUUGUUCGGAAAAACAGUACGUUUGAUCGUGCUUUUCUUCAUCGUGAUAUCGCAAAUCGGCUUCGUCUGCUCCUAUUUUGUUUUUAUUUCGGGUAAUCUAUUGAAUCUUGCGGAUGUUUUAUCGAGCUGCCGCGCGCGUCUUCAGCAGCAGACGUAUAUUUGGUUCCCCCUGGUGGCUGUUAUACCAUUAACACUCGUUCGGCAUAUUGCACGAUUAUCAUUUGCGGCCAUUCUCGCCGACAUCUUUAUCCUUUUUGGUCUUAUAUCGGUGUUGUAUUUUACGGCUCAAGAAUUGCAUGAUCACGGUGUGGGACCAAAUAUCGUAGCCGUCAAUCCGUCCAAUUUUGCUCUAAUGAUCGGGACAGCGACAUUUUCAUUUGAAGGCAUCGGCUUGGUGAUACCCAUAGUGGAAUCUAUGAAAAAUCCUGAAAGAUUCCCAUUGGUGGUGAUCACAGGCACCAUCAUCGUUUGCGCAAUAUAUAUCCUGAUCGGCAGUGUCUCCUAUUUAGCCUAUGGCGAUCGUAUUCAAGCCGCAGUUGUAUACAACUUUCCACCAUCUCACGGUCUCACCAUCGCUGCACAAUUGCUCUAUUCCAUUGCUAUUAUUCUAACGGCUCCGCUGAUGUUGUUUCCGGCUCUAAAGAUAUUGGAGAAUGGCAUUUUCAAAGAUUGCGUGUCCGGCCAUAAAGAUCUGCGAACCAAAUGGCUCAAAAAUCUCUUUCGCAUCUGUUUGGCGAUUUUUUGUGCAGUAGUCGCUUUUGCAAUUGGUGGAGACAAUCUAGACAAAUUCGUGGCACUAGGUAAAAGAAGCAUAAACACAAGUUACGUUAUUCGAACUGCGGCAGCUAACAUGCUUUUUUGA